ACUUUUUGGAUUUAGGCGAGCCAUGCCUGUGACAGGAAGAAUUCUGAAUAUGACAACAGAGCUCUAUCAAAAAGCCGAAGGUGAUCUAUUGAACACAUUUUUCGUCUCUCCAAGCGAUAAUCUGUGCUUCCAUGGCAAAUGCUCGUACUAUUGCGAUACGUCUCAUGCCAUUUGCGGAAAUCCUGAUACGCUGGAAGGAAGUUUCGCCGCCUUCCUGCCGUCCAGUAAACUUGCUCCUACAAAGGUAUGGAGACACCCAUGGAGAAGAUCCUAUCAUAAACGCCGGAAAGCCCAGUGGGAGACAGAUCCCAACUACUGUCAGCUAGUGAGAGAAAUACCACCUUACGAUAAAGGACGAAGACUGUAUGAUUUGAUGGAUAUGUCAGUUUUUGACUUUUUGACAGGAAAUAUGGAUAGACAUCACUACGAAACUUUCAGGAUGUUCGGGAAUGAUACCUUCACUUUACAUUUGGACCACGGUCGUGGAUUUGGUAAACCAUUUCAUGAUGAAUUGUCGAUAUUAGCUCCUGUUCUCCAAUGCUGCUUGCUGAGGCGAUCCACAUUGGAAACUUUACUCAGGUGAGAACAGUUUUGAUUUUUCAUUCAUA